CUUACUUGGUGGGAUUCUUAAGAAGCAGACGAGGAGCAUAACUGGUGAUAUUUCAUUGAAAUAACACUCCUAAAGGUGAUGCUCAGCCAUGCUUUUCAGUAUCGUACAGAUUUUUGUGUUGUCUGCUUUGAGCCAUGCAAGCCAAGACGCACCAGCUUGUACAGACAAACAAGACCUUGCAUUCCUGAUCGAUACAACGACAACGAUCACUGAACAAGGAGUCGUAAUGGCGCAGUCGUUAGCAAUCUCGAUUAUUAGUAAUUUUACUAUCAAUAAAGACUACACAAGAGCAGCUUACGUAUCGUUUGGCCACGAAUCAAUGAUAAGGUUUUCAUUCAAAACGUUUUCUAGUAAUGAAGAGGUCGAUUUGAUGAUCGCCUUGGAUGACUCGCUUAAUGGUACAGCGAGGUAUGAGAGCGAGACUAAAAUCCUGAACGAGACGAUGCACGUGCUGAAUUUGUUGUUCAGCGAAGAGCUUGGAUCAAGACCUGAUGUUAAUCGUGUUCUCAUCUUCAUAUCGAACGGAAAGUUCACCGACGAGUUGCAGUCCGAGAUAGUCCAAGAGUAUCUCAAGGAACAAAACAUAAAGUUACUGGUUGCUGGUGUAGGAAGGGAAAUCGAUGUUGGUUUACUCGAGCUACUCGUGGAUGACAAAGUGAAUGACAUCUUUACGGCAGAGGAGCGCAAUUCGGGAUACAUGAUAGACCGUAUCCACGAGUUAACUAAAGAGUUCUGUAACAGAAAUAGUACACAAAUUAAUGAAAAUAGUAGUUCGAUUUCCUAGACAAGAAAACGUUAUAUCUUUACCCUGUUACAUUUCUAAGAAUUGUUACUCUUACAGCAUAUUCGGUGUCGGGUUUCCUGUGGUAGGAGCACAGGAGGCCCAAAUUCUAAUGUUGCUUUAUAGAUUGGGCAGUACUUUGUUUAGCUUGGAGACUUACAUCAAUAAAAUAUGUUC